UAAUGACUGCACGAAUUCUCAUGGACAAGUCAAGAAACUAUCCGUGCUUUUAGUAACUGGAUUUGUUGAGGUUUUCUCCAGCGACGGCGCUGAAUCCGGUUUUAAAAAGGCUUAUUAUUGCUUCGCAAGCGGUGCUAAUUAACCUAAAAACGAGACAGACAUGUCAUUGGUAAAUUAUUAUUCAAGCAGCGAUGAUGAAAGUUCCAAUGGGGAAGAAAAAACAGAAGAAAAACCUAAUGUAGAAUUUAGAUCAGUCAAACUCGAAGAACACGAAGAAUCUUCUGCCAUGUCUGAACAUUCUGAAGAAAGGCCAAGAACGAAAUCCUCAUUGUUUUCCACUUUACCAGCUCCGAAGUCAUCUGAAAGAGAUGUGCCAGAGGAGUCUGGUAGCUUCCCUGCCCCAGCAACAGGAACUACAUCGUCCUCUAUGGGUGGGCUACUCAACCUUCCAGCACCCAAGAAGAAGUCAGCCCAGCCCAUAAAGAUAACUGCUCCAUCACUACCAGAGAUAAACUCAGACGAUGAGGACGACGAACCUGUGACCAAGAAAGCAAAACCAGCUAAAACUAAGCGCAACCCCGGCCAUCGUUCGCUGGGCUCACCGGUCAAAACCGCCAUCGCUUCCCACAGUAGUCAUAACCAUCUGACAGGCGGCGAUCACUUGGAGACAAGAGACAGAAGCCCAUCUGGUCUAGACCCCAGCCUUCUUAGGAAGAGGAAAGGCAGUAAGGAGACGGGGGAGCAUACCAUGGAGGAACUCCUGGAUAUGAGCCGCAGUGCCAUGGAGCAACUGCAUCAGAAGCUGGAGCUCCAGCGACAACAGAUGGCGCUUUUGUCCGGAGGCGGAUUGAGUCAGAUGAACAGUGCCUCUUUGCUUGCCAAAGGGGGUCCUGCUGAUAUUGCAGUGUCGAGUGCUGCACAGCUCCAGGGCUUGACUCAAGCACUUCCUACCAGCUUGUGCUUCCAGGGAAACCCUCUCCUCAAUGCCUCCUUGCAUCCAGGCCUGAUGCCCUUGAUGCAGACUCACGGCCUUGAUCUGCAGACCCAUGCAGGCUUACUCGGCUCCCAGAAGCUCCCCUUUGUCUCGCCGGUGAAUGCCAGUGCGGUGAACCAUGAUCUGACGAAGAGCUUACUCAAUCAUUUCCCCUUUGCUCCGAUAAAUCCUUCUAGUGUCGGGCUGCAACCAUUUCCACUUGGAUCCACCAUGGGUAUUUCCCAACCUCUAGCCCAACCAAGCAUGGCACCAAACACUCAUCGGCCAUCACCUCCCGUAGACUCUAAUCAGGAGGUCCACAACAACUGUUGCAGUGCCUGUCUUAAAAGGAUUGAUCUCCUUGAACAAAAAGUCAGUAAGAUUUCAGAGCUUCUAAUAAGUAAGAAACUGGUUCAGGGCUCUGCUGCACUGCCAAUGACGAACCCUUUCCCAACGUCAACCUCGGUAGCUUCCCAAAGUGCAUCACCGCAGGAUACACGUACUUCCCUCAAAAUCAACUCUUCCGUUGGAAGUUCCCCUAUUCCGUCUUUAUCAACAGCACAAGGAGGCCAUGAAUUUCAGAAUGCAUCCAUGGAGGCUGUCCAUGUGGAGACAUUGAGCCCAUGCCAGUCAACAGCAUUGCCAAGGAUAGUGUAUCCACAUCAAUUAGCAAGUCCGCCAGUGCCUGUGAAGGUAGCCCUAGCAGCUGAGCACAGGGAUCAACGCAAGUCAUCAAAUCCUCCAAUCGCCCCAAAGAUUACUCAGGCUUCUGCAAAUGCAUGUCCACGUCAAUCAGGAAAUCUGCCAGUACCGGUGAAGAUAACCUCAGCAACAGACCACGCAUAUUCAAGCAAAACGAACGAUACGCUAUUACUUUCGAAAGGAACCUUUCCAACUGACAAUGAUAAGUAUGCAUAUCAAUCACUCAUGCGUUACAGAGGUACCUCAAAACUGUUCAUGAUUGAUAAUGAGCUCCAUCAGGCCCAGAAGUCAAAUCAGGGUAGUGACGACUCAGGAGAAGAUCUGCAGCAGCUGGAUGCUUUACAGUUUCCACUGGAGAUCUACUCAGCGGCUGACUUUGAGAGCCUUCCCCCGAAGAUACAGUACAUUCUGGACGUUGUUGGGAGAGACACACAGGGUAAAGUGAACAAACUGGUGAUAAAGGAAGACAUCUUGACAUCUCUAGCUCCAUAUAUCAAGGAUCGGAAUUCAGUAUCCCGUCGUCUUGCUGAUGUGAUGUUCACGGAUGACGAACGCUGCUACUGCAACUGCAGCGGCUGGCGAAAGCCAGCAGCCCUGGAUCCCAUCCGAAUGCAGGCGCUGACUGAUGCCGUCUUCAAAUUGUGCCCCUGCCCGGAGGAGCAGAAGAAGCACCUCUGGCAUGAGUGCGUCAAGUCAAUCGAUGCUGCUUCCAGGCACAUUGUCCGCGUGCGUAAGAACAAAGGUAAGAUGCCACGGCACGGGAAAUGGCUGCCCCUGAGCCAUCAAGAGCAAGUGGGAGAAGCCGACUCUGUAGCUGCAUUAAUGGGGCCCGAUCCUAGUGAGGAAGGCAUGGACUAUGACAAUCUCCCAAUGUGGCUACAAUCUGUGCUGAACAUAACCCACAGGAAUACCAACGGCAAGGUGUGCAAAGUGGAAAUCAAGGAGCCUGUCUUAAUCCGCUUUAUCUACCUGUCCAACAGCAGACUGAGUGUAGCCUGCCAGCUGGCUGACGUCCUCUUCACGCGGGCAGAGAGGAAGAGAGCCACCUGUCUCGGCCGGCAUGGCACAAGACAGCUGGACCCGAUCCGAGUGGAUGCCCUAAGAGAAGGGAGCUUUAGGAUCUGCCCGGCACCUCUCACAGAGCAGAAACAGCUCUGGUCCUAUUGCAUGAAUGCCAUAGACACGCUGUCGGUCAAUCCUGAUAUGAAUUACCCCACAUCAUCAGCUACCUUGGUGCACCCCAUGAUCAAGGAGGAGGAUCCCAACAGUGAACUUGAUGCCUUUUGCGAGGACGGGAACCAAUCAACUGCCGACGACUGAAGCAAAGGCGUGCAUUAUAUUCAUCUGGAGGUCUAACACUGUAACAUAAGGGACCUUUUUAAAUGCAUUUGUAGGAUAGAAUUGUUGAUCUUGACCAGACAGAGACAAUUUCUUACAGAUUUCAGGAAAGUACUGUAAGGUUGAGGUUCUCCCAGCCUUGAUAAGAGUUGUCCAAACGCUACAACUCUCUAGCUGCAGUGACAUUUACAUUGUAGUAACAGACUGUGUGUGUAUGAUUUUGUGAAGCCCACAACCCACCACCAUUGGUGCUCAAGGCACCGCAUAUCAUUAUCCUGUAAUAAGGCUUGUGAAAACAUUCCCCCAAACCAUCUCAGCUCCUGGGAGUAUAGAUCUACUUCUUGUGAAGCCAUGUUGAUGCAGGUAGCGUAAUUUUAUUACUCCUGACAAAAGGAAAAAUAAAAUACCAGUUGUACAUGCAGCUGGUACCAGUUAUUUUUCUUUUUUUUUAUUGUUGAAAAUGUUUGGGGGGGGGGGUUGUAGCUGAUGUAAAGCCUUGGUGCGGCGUCCUUUAAAUUGUUUAUCACCUUUCACCUCAAUUAGGGAGUGUCUCAAAAGUCGGAAUGUUCCUGUUCCGUAUGGUACAUUCGAAAUCCAUUAUGUAAUGUAACAUCUGUGACAACAAAAGC